CAUUCAGUCAAAAACAUGGUGGCAGCUCAGUGAAUAGGGUGAACUUUUUGACUAGUCAUUAGAAUUCAAGAGGCUUAUUUAGCAGGAGUGUUUGAUACAAUUGAUAAACACCGACCAAUAAGCUUCACAAAAAAUUCGAAAGAUGACGUCUGAAGAUACCAAGAACGUUCAAGACCUGAAAGGAUGUUAUGAAAAUUUGAUUGUUGUUGAUGUGGGCGCAAACUUGACCAAUAAGAAAUACGGCCGUGAUCUGGACUCGGUGGUGCAAAGGGCAAAAGAUGCAGGUGUCCAAAAAAUUAUGGUCACGGGAACAUCAGUGAAAAACAGUAAAGAAGCCUUAAGACUGACACGCCUCUAUCCUGGAACCAUCUACUCCACAGCCGGUGUCCACCCUCAUGAUGCAAAGUCCAUGGUGGAAGAAGACAUGUGGACAGAAUUACAGGAAACCGCACAAGCUCCCGAAUGUGUGGCCGUCGGUGAAUGUGGACUCAACUAUAGCAAGGAUUUCUCUGAACCGAGUGUGCAGAGAGAAGUGUUUAAACGGCAGGUUGAAAUCGCGUGCGACCUACGAAAGCCCCUAUUCGUCCACGAAAAAGAAGCUCAAGAAGACCUACUCAAAAUCCUAGACGAUUUCGGCAGCCGCCUCCCCCCAGUUGUCAUCCACUCCUUCUCAGGCUCUGUCGAACAAGGCAUCAAAUACAUCGAAAAAGGGUUUUACUUAGGUAUAACUGGAUAUAUAUGCAAAGACAAGUCUGAUGGGGGUAUAAGAAGGCUGUUGUCUGAGAAUAUGCUGCCGCUGGAUAAGUUGUUGGUGGAGACAGACUCGCCGUUCAUGUACCCGAAUAUGAGGGCUUCGAAACUGCCGUUGCAUGUUAAGGACUCUUUGACUGAGAGGUCGAUGGCAUUUGUGAACCGCUACUGCACGUUUCAACGCAACGAGCCUUGCGCGCUGCCCGCCAUCGUCGAGCUGGUGGCCGGGUUCCUAGGACAGAGCCCUGAGGACGUCGCACUCGCUACGGCCUUCAACGCUUUGAAGAUCUUCGGCCUCAGCCAAUAGGUGAUGAGUUCACGAUACGCUGCCGUGAGACGCGGCCACGACAUUGGUCUAAUCAUGAGCAUAGGUUGGAGCGAGACACAGCGAUGAGACUUUUUUCGCACCUAUGGCCGCCGCUCGCAGGUAUAGUAGUGCGAAAAGAUUUUCCUUCGUAUUUUUACGGAAACGUACGAACGUGGCAUGCUAUUUCAGUCAGACUAAAUACAAGAUAACAAUACGGACGCUGUCUGAACUAGCAUGGCAAAUACGAACGUUUCCGGAAAAAUACGAAGGCAAAAGCUUUUCGCACUACAACUGUAACCUUGUGGUUGGGGCUUCGAGGGUCCCUUUAGUGCGUUGGUUCGCCUUAGCCUGUUUGGCGAAGUUAUCAUGUCAACUUGGUAAACUAAAUGUUUGAUUAAGUUUGGUAAACUAAAGUUAUCAAACCGAUAAAAAUAGGUUGUCCCUUUCCGACGUAUUGGUGUGAUAGAAAGGGAUAAACGAUGUAUCGUCCACGUCUCAGCAAAAAGAUAAAUUACAACACUUGAUUAAAUGUGGAGAAUCUAAGACAACAUACGGAUUUUAUCGCUAAUCUCUUCUAGACAGACUUUGGGUAACAAACAGAGAGAAAUUAAUUAAAAAUGUACAAUUGUACAUGUUGCAAAAAAAUUACGUUCUAUUCUUAAAAGAUAAUUUUACUUUACCAGGAAUAAGUUUUGAUUCUCAAUGUCGAUGGGGCUUCGAACUGUUUAAAUAUGACUUCAUUCAUUUAGUUUACCAAGUAAAAUACGCGAUAAUCAGAUAUCCUUGCUUAUAAUUGAGAAACAUGCAUAAUAUAUUUAUUUUUACAUAAUUAAGUAAGACGAUGAAAUUAUUAUUGGGUCAAGUGCCUUUAAUCAACAAUAAGAUCGAUUAUAACGACCAAAAAUGUUUAUUUAUAAAUAUAAAUAUUUAUUAAUAACUUUUAAUAUACAAAUAUAUGUAAAAUUCAUUAUAUAGGUCGCUAUAAGCAACCAGUCGUUUACGUAAAAUAUUGUUUAGUGAUUAACCCAGAAAAUAUGAAUUAUAAUGGUAACCAGUUGGCUACCAGUUGACGUCAAUUAACGAAAAUUAUACUUGUGAUUCUUGAUUGUGCUGAAAAUCAAUAAUAGCAAGUAAUGGGUUAUAAAUGCACUUAUUGAAUAUAAACGUAUGUGCAGUUGGUAUCUUCAGAUGUCAUUUAUGUAAGAAUACGAAGUGGCCGUAGCUAAAUUCAUUGAUAUGAAAUAAUUAAAAAUCGCAGUUUAAAAGAAACAGGAUUCAUAUGAAUGUUUUUGUUAUUGAUAGAGUACCGGUCUCUGUCAAAAAAAACAUUGAUUUGCCCCAACAUUUGAUGCCACUGAUGUCCAUUUAUAAGUAUAAUUUAAAGUACUUAGUUAUGUAACAGGCAGCUAAAACACAAGUUAUAUAAAAACAAAUUGGCACCAAAGUUCGGGUUUUUAAGAGGCUCAGAAACUGCGUAAUUUAGUCUUAGCUACGGCCGGCGAAAGUCUCGAAAAGCAAUACUCAAGAUUUGGAAGCAUAUGCAUUUCUGAUCGGAACAUUGGCAAUACGAAGGUUGAUCGUUUUAGGUUAACAAUUAUAAAGCAAUAUUCACUUAGUUACUUAACCCUUUAAACGCUAUAAUAUUCUUGACAUCAUAAGAAGCAUUUAAAGGGUUGAAGUUUGAACUGAUUGCAUUCGAAUAAUCUUGCCAUUGACUAAUUACUAACUAAAUGUUCAAUUGGCUAUGAAAUAUACAAUGACUUACUCGUAAGAGUCGUAUUGGCUCUCUCUAAUAUAAUUAUGAUAUAAUGACAAAAUGAAAUGAUUAUGAUUACUAAUAAUUAUUGAAAAAUAAAACGUGUGUACUUUAGACAAGCGUUAAAACCACUUUUAGAACACCAAAAUGUAUUUCAUUAAAAAAUAAUCUGUUGCCGCGCUAAAAAGUACUCACUAUUUAUUUUUCUUAAGAGCGUACCUGAACGCAACGUUCACUAAUGCCAUUUAUAAACGCUCAACCGAGCAUAAUAUGACGCGAUUUAUUAUUAUUGUCUAUUUUUAAUUAUGAAGCUUUUUACGUUUAGCGUUUUGCACAUGUGUUGUUUUCUUGUAGUGGCAACAUUGCUUUUAGUCAGAAUGAUCUCAGUCCGUGUGUGUAUGCCUUUAUAGAUACUUGCCAUUUUGUGGCCUUUAAUUUACUAUAAAUAAGGCUAUAGGCACUUUUUAACACUGUUUUCGUCUUAACUUUGCCAAAAAUAGACGUGAGUAGUGUUAAAACCCUUUUUUCGCCAUUAGACGCUUAAUUUUGUUAAAUAGGUUUUAAAAUGUCGUUAAAAUAUGGCUUACCUAUUAUAAUAAGGCAAAUAGUUGUUGUGACAAUGUAAAAUUUCCCAUUUAGGCGACUUUAAGCGUCAUCAGCGUUGAAAGGGUUAAAGUGUCAGGUUGUACUAACAGUUCCCAGUACCGAAGCAAUACGACUCCGUCCGGCGAUCUUUCGCCAUAUUGUUCAGAUGUACGUCUUCGGAGUCGUGCUGCGUUCUGCCAUUAGAUUAUAAGCAUAGUUCAUAUUGCCUUCAGACAUCCAUAAGAGUCAGAACUAGUUACAUUCGGACGAGACAUGUCUUCGUAACAAAGAGUUACCUUUAAGUUUAGAUUGUUUCGGACGCGAUAUCACGUCCGUGAAAUUCAAACGGUUAACUAAUUAAUAUGGAGUUUUGUAGCACCAAAAGCAAAAAUGCUAAAGAUUCUUAUGGUUGCCUGUGUCAGAGUAUUGUUGCCACUAUUCUUUCCGUGCACGGUGGUAGUUCUAAGCAAAGCCCUGCGCAGGGCACUAUAUUUUCAUCGAAUAUAUUGUAAAUAGUUACUAUAUCCUUGUUAAAUAAUGCUGGUAGUCACAACGAAAUCAAAGACUGCAAGUAUUAUUCGAUUAAAUGUUAAUUGUUUUGUACUGUAUUUUUUACAUAUUUAAUCGCUAAAGUAUUGUUGAUUCCUUUAUUUUUUGACAAUCAUGUUGUAUUGUAAGGUACCCGGGUGUAUUUACUAAGUGUUAUGAUUGUGUAAAUUAUAUAUUGUAAAUAUUGCCCGCGGGUAAGUAGUGCCUUCGACAAAACGUCCUUUUGUGAUAAAAUAUUAUUUUCUGUAGAUUGUACAGAUUUCUUUCAAUAUACAAUUAAAAAAUA